AUGGGUUUGAAAUGGCAAGUUGUGAAUGGCAGACAAAUUCGUAUCACGGACAAUUGGAUUCCGAAAUCUCACAAUCCUCUGGCAUUUAAUCCAGCCACAAUUCGGAGUUCUAUACAACUGGUUACUGAUCUUUUACAUCCACAGGAAGGAUGGCAACAUCCUCUUUUGCGAACACUUUUUCCAGACCAUCUUCUCCCUAAUAUCUUAAGCAUUUACUUGCCAUGUGAAUCACAAGCCAAUGUUGAUACUCUGUACUGGAGCUUGGAUCCACUGGGGAAGUACAUAGUUAGAUCGGGAUACCAUCAAGCAACAAAUAUUAAUGUGCAUUCCACCACAACACCAUCGACGUCUCAGGGUGGUCAACUCAUUCCCCCAGCUAUUUGGAAAAAAUUAUGGAAUGCAGCUUUGCCGGAGAAGAUCAAAAUUUUCUUUUGGCGAGUUCUGUUAAGAGCCUGUCCGACGAUGCAAGCCUUAGCCACUCGAUCAAUUGUUUCAGCAGGUGUCUGUUUAAGAUGUGAGGAGGAAUCUGAGUCCGCUGCACACAUGCUUUUGGAAUGUCCUCGAUCUCAAACCAUUUGGCAUUGCUCUCCAUUUGGCUUUGAUUUCUCGGGGACAACCAAAAUGACUUUUGAGGUAUGGUUUGUGGAUUGGACGCUGAAAGCUCCAUCUAAAGAUCUCUGUUGUAGUUCGAUGUUCCUUCUAUGGGAAAUUUGGAAGGACAGGAAUGCAGUUAUAUAUGGUGAUCUGUCUUUGCCUGCUCCUGACCAGAUUGUACAGUUUGAGGGUACUGCAACAUCUGUCCUUUUAACAACUUGGCUUCAUUUACCUGUACUUUGUUUUAGAAGAACAGUUGAAGACAACACCUUUAUAGCUACUGGGAGCUGGACUUUGAAGAGUCAUGAUGGUCAGACUAUUUUCUCUGGUACAAGCUCAUAUAUGGCGAUGUCUCCUUUGCAAACGAAAGCUAUGGCAUGCCUGUUGGCAUUACGAUCAGUCGAUCUGGAUUAUCAUCCAUGCUUACGGUUUUACACCGAUUGCCUCGUACUCUCCAAAAUCCUGCAGAAUCAGUUCGAGGUACCUUUGGAAAUUAGAUUUCUAGUGAAUGACAUCCGGAAUAUAAUGCGUAGGUUUUCCCUAGUGUUAGUUCUACAUGUACCACGGGCUCAGGCCAUUAUGGUGUCUGCGUCCAAUUUUGUAUCUCAAUCAGCUUAA